CUCUGAUAGCAGCGGAGUUAAUUCUCUGCAAAAAUGAUUGGGAAAAGUGUUUGCCGGAUCGGUUUUGGCCGUGUGCUGGAAAAGAUACGAGCUGUAGUGGGCUCACACUGCUGUAUUGCUAGCGCUGACAGUGCAGCUCGUAUCACGGCUGGUUCUGUAUCGGGCUUCAAUUUUCAGCUGUACUUCCUGGAACAUCAGACACUUACAGCCACAGACUUGACGUAGUGAUCUUCUCUCUUAGCUCAUUAUUGCCUUAGCAGAAUGUAAAGCUGCGUUGAGUAUCUCAAUUGUAUUUAAGGUCAACUCCAUUCCCGCAAUAGACCAAACUCUCAUCAUCACUCAACAGCCAUCAAUCAAUCACCCGCCCCGCACUACAACACUGAGUUAGCUCACAUUCACAUCUUCACAUUUCAACCACCAAAAUGCAUUUCGCUACCAUCAUCGCUACUGUUGCUCUCGCCAUGGGCGUUGCUGCUGAGUCUGCCUCUGACGAUCUUCCCUUCAACGUCAUUUCUGCCCGUAUUUGGAGCUCUGAAGACUGCGGAGGUGACAGCAACAACGGAAAUCUCGGCGAACUGACCACGCAUCGUGAUGAGCUCAAUGAAUGCUUCAAGUUCAGCGACAAGGUCAAGUCUGUGAGCCAGUAUGAGCAUGCCAAGGGCUGCAAGCUUCUUCUCUUCACAGACAGCAACUGCAAGCGGGGACAGAAGACUGUCAAGGAUGACCAGUGUCGGGAGACUUCUUCUCACUUCAGUAGCUACAAGACUGUUUGCAACUGAGAGUACAUGAAUGAUGGGAUAUAAUGAUGCCUUCAUGGGCGCGACAUGAUAAUGGACUAAUCAAUGGACGAGGGUAAUGGCAGCAUGAGACGGAGUUAUGGACAUUCCUUUGGCAAAGAGGUCGUAUGAAUUAAUAUACAGCAUUGAAUUAACUAAGAUUAUGCAUUAUUUGAACCAGAUCCACUG